CGGAGGUUACAAUUUCAGAUUAGAAUCCUUCAUCAUGGGGAAAUAUCUCUGCAACCUAGGAAAAUACAGUGAUAAUUGUUUCGAUAUUCUCGACCAACAUACUGCCACGGACAAGUCUUCAAUAUCUCGUUCAGAUUCAUCGCACGAUAUACAAUGAGCUCAACAUACGAUGCACUCAUAAUUGGCGGUGGUCCUGCUGGGUUGACCGCCGCCCUUACUUUGGCCCGCCAGCAACAUACAUCAGUUGUCUUUGACGCAGGCUCUUAUCGCAAUGAUGCGACAGACCACAUGCACCUACUUCCUGGUUUUGACCAUGCAGCGCCAGCGGAAUUCCGCUCGAAAGCCCGAGAAAACAUUACUUCGCGUUAUGAUCAAGUCUCUAUUCAGAAUAUUGGGGUGAAGCAGAUUCGGAAAACCGACGGUACUGGGCGUUUUGAGCUUGUCGAUGCAAACGACAAGACCUGGACUGGGAAGAAAGUGAUUCUCGCUAGUGGAGUUGAGGAUAUAUUCCCAGAUCUUGAAGGGUACGCCGAUUUCUGGGGCAAAGGAAUCUUUCACUGUCUCUUCUGCAAAGGCUACGAACAACGUGGAUGUCCCUCAGCGGGUCUCCUUGCAACCGAAGGGCUGGCCAAUGUACCUUUUGCUCUCCAUGUAGCGCGCCAGGUUGCUGCCCUCAGCUCGAACGUAACCCUCUACACCAACGGUUCCGAAGAACUGUCAACCAAUCUUCAGUCGGCUUUUGGAUCAGCCAAGCAGAUGAGAGUCGAUUCUCGUCGGAUCAAGAGAUUUAACAAGGGGACCGGUAGCCCCGCGGAAGUGACUAUUGAGUUUGAAGACGGCACCCAUGCUGUGGAAGGAUUCUUAGCCCACCAUCCGCGAUCCAAGCCUAAAGGUCCAUUUUGCGAGAACCUUGGACUGGAAAAGACUCCCAGUGGCGAUCUUAAAGCAGGUCCACCUUUCUACGAAACCAGCGUGAAGGGCGUCUUUGCUGCAGGAGACAACUGCAGUAUGAUGAAGAACGUGCCGAAUGCGAUCUUUUCUGGUUCUUUGGCGGCCAUGGGCGCAUCUUCUCAGAUCUUGGCAGAGGCUCUUGGCCAGAAGGCCCUUUUUUAAUAUCCUACUGCUCGGACAACCCAAAGCAAUAUUUGCGAAGUUGAUUUUACACUAUGACUCGUCUCAAUGAUCACCAUCAUACAUAUCUUCUCCGAUAUUUUAUUUUAUCAAUGAUGCUAGAACCGAAUAUAUGUAUCUCGUUCCUGAUUAUUUUAGGACCCGAGGAGGCUCAGAAAUAUGCCAUAUUAAUCUUUCAAAAGUGUUUACAACUUGACCAUUUUGGAUGAUCUGUAGUGAUGUGUCACACGAAGCACAGUGAACAAUGAUGGUACAUCAUGCUGAAGAUUUUUUAUGCUUUUAAUUACAAGACAGCCG